AUGCUCGCCGCACGACUCCCAAAACGCGUCCCUCGUCUGCCUCCCCCGGUCCGCCGCAUACACUCCUCGCCAUGCCGCCGCUCCGAUGCACUCUUCGUGCACCGCGACACGACCUACAACAACCCUAAGAUCCCAUUCGAGUUCACCUCCGAGAACAUGAAGCGCGCCCAGGAGAUCAUCUCGCACUACCCUCCCCAGUACAAGAAGGCCGCCGUCAUCCCGCUCCUCGACCUCGGCCAGCGCCAGAACAAGGGCUGGACGAGCAUCAGCGUCAUGAACUACGUCGCCAAGCUCCUCGAGAUGCCCCCCAUGCGCGUGUACGAGGUCGCCACCUUCUACACCAUGUUCAACCGGGAACCCAUCGGCGAGAACUUUGUGCAGAUCUGCACGACGACGCCGUGCAUGCUCCGCGGUGCGUACGACAUCGUCGACACCGUCUGCAACCACUUCGGCGGCAUCAAGCCCGGCGACACCACCAAGGAUGGCAAGUUCACCGUCAUCGAGGUAGAGUGCCAGGGUGCCUGCAGCAACGCGCCCAUGAUGGCUGUGAACGAUGACUUCUACGAGGAUCUUACCGCGGAGACGACGAAGAAGGUGCUGGAGGCGUUCGCGAAGGGCCAGAAGCCGAAGCCGGGUCCUCAGAGCGGACGGCAUACGAGCGAGAACUCGGCGGGUCUGACGGCGCUCGCGUCGAAGCCAUACGGUCCGGGAGAGUUCUGCACACCAGAGUUCCAGUAG